AUGGAAGCAACGAGCCCCGCUACCAGCACGGAUCAAGCGCCUGACGCUGGGCUAGCAUCAGCAGACCAUGAUACCCCCGAGCUUGCGGCUGGUGGCCAGUCAGAGCUACCAGAUCAGGCGACAUCUCAGACGGCACAGAGCGAAUCAGAGAGCGACGAGGAGGAGACCAGCGAUGAUGAGCCGGUACCGGCUGCUGUGCUCCAGCGAGAGAAGCGCUCUGGAGCAGGUGCAAAGAUGCGAGAGAUGCUACAUCAGGAGCUCGAAGAGGAGGAAGUCUUUGCGGAAGAAGAGAACGAUCAAGAGUUUGCUGCCAAAGAUGAGGAGGACAUGUUCGAUUCAGACUUUGGGUCCACUGGCUCGGAAGCCUCGGAAACAGACGAUGGCGCUCCCGCAGUUCGGCACAGGCCACACGCUAGCACGAGCAAGCUAUCCAAGGGCAAGCGACGCGACGAGGGCUUAUACGCCAACAUGCCAGCAAUUGCUCGGGCUGCCAAGGCGGCUGCCCGAGCAGAACAAGCGAAACUCGACGGCCCACAACCUAUCAAGCGGAGAGCGCAGCAGCUGCAGACUAGCUUGUCGAGUGAAGCACGUCGAACGAGCUCGCGCAGAUCUGCCGUCGAGUUGCGCGAGGCCAUAGACACCCGCCUGCAGGAUAGGGAAGCACGUACUGCGCAGAUCGUCAAUAGACCGAAAGUAAAGCGGCGGCGUAGCCUCAAUCAAGCCGAUCUCAUCGAUAUGGCGCUUCAACAGGAAGAGAUAUCCCGCACAUUCCUCAGAGAGCUGUCAAGGCUCGAGGAAGAGUACCGCGUGGCCCAGCGAACACAUCAAAUCAGAACAGCCAUGCAAGGUCCCGUUCUGCGUUUCGUCAGCCGCAUCGAAGACCACACUCGCGCGCUCGUCGAGGAAGUCUCUGUCGCUCCUGUCGAUGCAGAACCACCCUUGCAGCCGCCGAACGACAACGCAUCCACGUUGCCCGCGAAUGAGCCCACAGUGGCAGGCAGCCGGACCGACACGCCACUGACAGCGUAUUCGAGUGACUUAGCACCUGCAUCGUCACCCCGACUGGUUGCCCUCGCGUCGACUCCUGCCUCUGACAAGACAAGUGCCUUGGAAACCGAGCCUCGCCCGAGUAUUCCUUGCACCGCUGUCAAGAACGAGACAGAGUCCACAGAAAUGCAGAGAUCGCUGCCGGAACCACGUCCAGCUGGUUCGCUCACCACCGAGCGAGCCAUACCCAUCGUUCUGGGCAGACACGCCUUGAACAUCGAGCCGUCCAACCAGCCUGCCUUAAAACGCGUCAAGUCAGAUGCACCCGAGCCGCAGGGACCUCACUCCCGCAACUACCUAAUCUUGGACGAUUGGUCGGGUAGCAAACACGAUAUGAUGACAGCAAUCUUCGGAGAGCAUGCAGACUGGAAGAACCUGCGUGUGGUCUCUAUCAAGAACCGUGCGACGAAUCGCAGAGUGCCCCUAUGCGCGAUCACAGGCUUGCCAUCGAAUUACAAAGACCCUAAGUCAGGCGUGCCCUACGCCGUUCCAUCUGCCUAUCCGGUCAUACGAGAUACACUCAAUCACAAGUAUGUCUGGAGCCCCGUGCUAGAUUGCUAUGUCAGCAGGGAGGACUCUCUCUCGAGCUCGAGCGUCAUGGACGAUACAAUGACAGAUGGCAGCAAUGAAGGCAAGAGAUCCUUGAUAAGCUCUACCAUCGAGAGCGGCUUGACGAUCAGUGUCCAUCCACUGCCGAUCCUCAACAUCUCUGAACAUCUCACUCGUACUCAGUGCCAGACAGGUCAACGCGAUGUGCGGGUCGCCGGAGCGCUCAUCGGCACUCAAUCUGGCCGAGAGAUCAAGGUCAAUAACACCUUUGAGAUCCAAGUGGAAGGCACAAAGAUUGAGCAUGGGCUCCUCGUCUUUAGGAGGGACCAAUUCAAGCAGGUCUUUCCAGUCUACGACAUCCUGGGAUGGUACACCGUCGGCAGUCAACCGACAGAGAUCGAACUCGCUAUCCACGAAGAGCUGCUUGCCUACAAUGAGUCGCCCAUCUUGCUCCAGCUCAUGCCAGAUCAAAUUGGGUCCAGCAAGGACUUGCCCAUCGCCUGCUUCGAACGACACAUGGAAAUCAUCGACAACCAACCCCAAACGCAAUUCAUCCGCGCAGCUCACCGCGUAGAAACUGGCGAAGCUGAACGUAUCGCCGUCGAUCAUGUAUCCAAGCCGUCCAGCUCGGGUCGAGGCGGCGGCGACUCCACAGCCGUCUCCAACAUGGUCACGCAACGCAAUGCGAUCAGAAUGCUCCACGAAAGAGUGGUACUCAUCUCGCGCUAUCUCGACGCAGUGGCGACAGGUGCGAUCGCACGCGACGACGUGCUCCUUCGUCAGAUCUCUGCUCUGGUCAAAAGUGUGCCUGCGAGUGAUCCUCACGAGCUCGGCGCGGAGUAUCAUGUGGAGAGCAACAAUGUGGCGCUCACAAACCUACUCGCUAAGAUGACAGAAGGACUCCAGACGACAAAUCAGUACAUCGAUCGGUUCAGUCUUACCCGGACACAAGCGAACGGUCAGACAGGAUCUGGCCGAGACGCUGGAACCCGUCAACGGAGAGGACGUGGCUGAUCAGUAUCGCCUGCCGCUCGAAAUCAAGGGCUCC